CUGCACCUCUGAGCACGCGCUUCAGAAUGGCGAGGUGGACCCAGCAGUCAAAGCUCUGGAGGCCCGACAGGAUGAGAUCAUGAGGAAACUGUACGAGUUGAAAGCAGCCGUGGAGGGCCUGGCCAAGACGGUGACCACUCCAGAUGCUGAUCUGGACCUGACAGUCAGCAGCAGCCUCUCCUCCCAAAGCCUCAGCUCCACAACCUUCAAAGGCGCCGUCACAGACCUGGACACACUGCUGGGGAAGGACCUCGGUGCUCUCCGUGACAUCGUUAUAAACGCCAAUCCGGCGCAGCCACCCCUGUCCCUGAUGGUGCUCCACAGCCUGUUGUGUCAGCGCUACCGGGUGCUCUCCACCGUCCAUGUCCACUCCUCAGUUACCGGUGUGCCGCCACAGCUCCUGUCCUGCCUCGGUCCACGCCAUGCGGACAGCUACGCCCGCCACAUGUUCCAGCUGGGCUUCACCCUCAUAUGGAAAGAUGUCCCCAAACUGCAGAUGAAGUUCAGUGUCCAGAACAUGUGCCCCAUUGAGGGCGAGGCCAACGUGGCGCGCUUCCUCUUCAAGCUGCUGGCUCCCUACCCCAGCGACCCUGCUCUCGCCACACUGGUGGACAGCUGGGUGGACACGGCUUUCUUCCAGCUGGCAGAGGGCAGUGCCAAGGAGCGGUCCGUCGUCCUGCGGGCACUCAACUCCGCUCUGGGCCGCAACCCCUGGCUGGCCGGGCCGGACCUCUCCCUGGCCGACAUCGCCUGCUACUGUUGCGUGCUACAAAGUGGCUCGGCCUCCUCUGCUCCCACUAACGUCCAGCGAUGGAUCAAGUCCUGUGAGAACCUGGGUCACUUCAGCCCCGCCAAGCUACUUCUGCAGUGACAAGGAUCGUCCCGGGACCGGACACCAGAAAGGGUGUCUUAUCCAAGCAAAGUGAGAGAAGGGCAUUAGAAUAUUAAACUAUGCCAGCCAUGUCUGGAACAGCUUCUAAUGCUUCCCUCCUUACUAUAGUAUAUCACUGAACUGACAAAGACUCAGUAGAGGCAAUAUGGUUGACCGAUAAAAGUAAAAGUUGUCUUGGCCAUGCUGCGUUUGUAUAAAAAGAGAUUCGAAGGCUAUUUUUGCAAGGGAGGAAGCAUGAGAGGACUGUAAAGACAGGGGCUUGGUGGUGGAUUAAAUCAAAGGUACUAACAGAAGUUGUUGGUCCAACACACUGUACACCUUCCACCCACUUUGUGCCUAACAUGAUCCAGUACUAAAUGUGUGUGAGUGUUAAUGUGUGGCAACGGGUAUUACUAAUACGUUUUCAGAAGUAAUACUUUGUACCAUUUGUUUUUCUGACAUCAUUAAAACUUCCACUUUGGAUCAAACUUUAAA